UGUAUCUCUACCGUGCUGAUGCUGCUGCAGCAUCACUGCCAACGACAGAAAUCUGCAGCUGAGAAAAUCAAGAGAUCAAAAUGACGCGGAUUAUAGACGCACAAUCUGUCGUGAAAAUCCAGGGCGCACUGCUGUUCUAGUUUCUCUUUCACGAAUGCGUCCGUGAUUUAUCGGCAUUUUCACAGACCGCGCGCGAGGAUGCCGUGGACAGAUGAUGCGCUGCAGCUGCCAUGAUGCUGAUGGAGACUCCACAAGCCUUCAUGGCCAUUCGAUCGCUAUUCUCUUCUGCAUUUUCUAGGGCGCAUUAUUAAUAAUUUUUAUUCGUUGUCAGUUAAUUGCAAACCGAAAGGUAUGUUCAUUGCAUAGGAGGUGCUGGGGUCAACGACACAGUGAUGCUGUUAUUGCACAGCCUCGGAGAAGCCUAACAGACCAUGAUGAAGACCGAAUCCUCAUCCUCCUCUAAGCCAGCGAGCACCACCGCGCUCCGCAGCCCCUCUCCACACCGCAACGCGUACGAAGCGGCAGGGAUUCAGGCGUUGAAGCCGGCGACUGAUAUUUUAAAUAAUGGCGACGCUCGGGAUGGCAAGCCGAAGCCCACCAGCCGCGGUCGCACGUACGGCUCAAACGUGCACCGCAUCAAGAACAUGUUCAUGCAGAUGGGCGCAUCCUCACCCACCGAGGCCGAAGAGCCGCAGAGGGCGAACGGCGACGGUAAAUGUGUGCGUCUCAGCCUCCCUCGUGCUGGCAGUCUGAACGAGAACGUGGACCACAGCGCGCUCCUUAAACUGGGAUCCAGCGUCUCCGAGCGCGUCAACCGUUUUGAUAACAAAACGGACGCGUCGCCCCGGUACUCCAAGCUGCAGGAGACGAGGAAGAUCUUCGAGCAACAGAAUCUGGAAAGCCAAGCGGCUUCCACUCGGGUGUUACUAAAGAAGGAACGCGCCGGUGGACUGCACGACGCGUCGCGUUUAGAUGUGGUGGCUCGCUUUAACGGCAGCACGGAGUCGUUGGAUAGCCUGGACGCGAUUGGCGGCACCAGCGAGGCCGUGUCUCCUACCGUCAGCCAGCUCAGCGCGGUGUUCGAGCGGGCCGCGGAGUUACGCAACAACCUGCACCGGCUGUCCAACACACCUCCGCUCCCUCUGCGCGGGGUCACCGGCCGGGUCGGUUCGCUCAACUCAAAGGUCAUCACUAAACGGGUACGCACGUUUCCUCUGGGGUCAAACAGGGAGGAUGAGGUUAACCAACAGCACCAGGUGGAACAAGAUGGAAGUUUAAACAGCCUCAACGGAGCCUCUGAGGAUCAGGACAGUAUCAAACCUGUGCACAAAGAGUCCUCAAAGGAUAGUGAGAUAAAUGAAUCCAGUGCCAUUGAGUCCAAACCCCUUGAUAAGACAGAAGAAGUCACUGCCACGAAGGCCAAAGGUACUCUUGUUACAGCUGGUGUCUGUACAUCUUUGGAAAAUGGAGACAUUGCUUCCAAUGGAGAGGUGCUGCUGAAGAGAGACGCUGGGAUCACAGACACUAGAAAGGCAGAGGAUGCUCUUGUAGGACAUGAACGUCCAUCAGUGGGAGUCUGUAAGAAGGAUGAUGAUGAUGAUGGCACUGUGAAGGAGGAUUACUCUACGGCUGAUUUGGUGGAUAUCAGUGCCUACAGCGCAGUGGGGGAAGACUCUGGUGGUAGUCAGAUCGAGGAUGAGGAGGACGAAGAGGAGACAUAUGAGCCAGAGUCAAGCUGCUCUGAGGUUCCUGGAUUACCUGUGGAGGAGGAGCCGCCCCCAAGCAGGAAGAUUAAAUUCAGUUGUUCACCCAUUAAGGUUUACACAACUUACUCCAAUGAGGACUAUGAUAGAAGGAACGAUGAUGUGGAUCCCAUGGCCGCUUCUGCUGAAUAUGAGCUGGAGAAACGUGUGGAAAGGCUGGACCUGUUCCCCGCUGAACUGGAAAAAGACAAUGAAGGUUUGGGUAUCAGCAUUAUUGGGAUGGGUGCUGGAGCUGACAUGGGUCUGGAGAAGCUUGGUAUAUUUGUAAAGACUGUCACAGAGGGAGGGGCGGCUCAUCGGGAUGGCAGGAUUCAGGUGAAUGAUUUGAUCGUGGAGGUAGAUGGAACAAGCCUGGUCGGUGUAACACAAAGUUUUGCUGCCUCAGUUUUAAGAAACACAUCUGGCACUGUCAGGUUUAUAAUUGGCAGAGAGAAACCAGGAGAGCAGAGUGAAGUGGCUCAACUCAUCCAGCAAACCCUUGAACAGGAGCGUUGGCAGAGAGAGAUGAUGGAACAACGAUACAAUAACUACAUGGGGGAUGAAGAAGAGGGUGGUGAUUACGGCACUGAUGAAGAGGAUGAGAUGAGCCCCACAUACCCAAGUGCCAUAGAGGUGUUUGACCUGGCCGAGAAUGAGGACAUGUUGUCACCUGUGGAAGUGGACCCUGAGAAACUCACCCACAAAUAUAAAGAGUUGCAGAUUAAACAUGCUGUGACUCAGGCUGAGAUCCAGCAGCUCAAGCGGAAGUUGAAUCAUGCUGAACAGGAGAAGCAGCGCUGGCGUGUGGAGAAGGCCCAGAUGGAGCGUAACAUGCAAGAGAACCGGGAGCGCAUGGAGAAGCUGGAGGGAUACUGGAUGGAGGCUCAGAGUCUGUGCCAGGCUGUGGACGAGCACCUGAAAGAAACACAGGCUCAGUAUCAGGCUCUGGAGCGAAAAUACAGCAAAGCCAAACGUCUUAUUAAAGAAUAUCAGCAAAAGGAGAUUGAGUUUCUAAAGAAAACAGCACAGCAGAACACCGUAGAAGAAACGGAGGCUUUACAUAAAGAAGAAACAGAACUUCAAGACAAGGUAACAGAUGUUGAGGAACUGAAGACGGUGGAUCCAUCGUAAAGUUCAACUGAUAUAAUAGUAACUACUUCAGUGUAAAUGUACCGGAACGGAGGAGAGAAUCUAUAAUGUUGUUCAUUUAGAUAUAGUCAGUAAACCCCACAAAUGUUAAAAGAGACGUUUUACAACCUCACAACAUCAUUUUAGGAUUUUUAUGGUUUUGUAGAUUUCCAUUUCCUUAUUCUUAGUAUUGUGAAUACUUAUUUUUCUCUACAGUAUUUGCUCUUUGUAUUAACCUUAUAUAUGUAUCUAUAGAUAUACCGAUUCGGUCAUCAUUGAAGGUUUUACCAAAGUUGUAGUAACCCAAUCUAAACAACGAAACAUGUAUUUUACAUUAACUACUUUUAUGAAUUCUGAUCUUUCAUUAACAAAA